AUGAAUCCUAAUUUUUAACAUAGUUUCCAUUUAAAAUCUGAUUAGCAUGAUUUCCCUCAAUCAGAAUAGUGUUAUAAAAAUAAGAACAAUUUCAGUUUCGACAUUGAUAUAAUGAAAACUUAUAGCUUAAGUAAUCCAAAAGUUUGUAUUGACAGAUGCAAUACUUAUUAGACUCAAGGAGAUGUAGUUAAGUAAGAAUGCAAUCUAACUAAUCCUUUAAUUUAGAAUUAAGUAAGAACUUAUAUUUGAUUCUCUAUAGCAAAUAGAAUCUGAGUUCUAAAUUAAUGUUGAUAAUAUCUUACAAUUUAAUCAAAAUUGUAUAAAAUUCAUUUAAAUUUCAAAGUAAAUGGUUCUGACUUCAUUGAUUUGAAUAAAGAAAUUAAAUCAAAUUCUGAAAUUUCACAAAAAGAAGAUUUACGAUUAUGUAAUUAAUCUGAAAGAAAUUACUAAUCUCAUAAAACUGAAUUAAUAGUUUUGCCAACUCCAUCCUAUAAAAAUAAACUUAAAGCAGUUGGAAAUAUGUUUUUAGGAAUUUGGAGAUUAUAAUAAACAAUUGUUGAACCUAUCACUUGUACAGUAAGAAUAUAUUCAAUAAAAUUAGGAUUAAUUUGAUGAUAAUUUAGGAUCUUAAUAGCGUAAUUUUAAUAAUAAAAACAAUUAUAAGUAGAUUCAUCCAGCCAAUGAAUCAUAAGAUUAAAGACUAAUGGAUAUUUUUAAUUAAUUCAAAUUAGUAUGUCUAUUUACUUAGUAUUCGAUGUCUGGUUCUAAUGAAGACAUUUAAAAUAUGAUUAAAAUUCUCUAAAGAGAUCCUAAACGGUAUUGAUCCUUAUUAUUCCAGUAAUUUGACUAAUCCUUAAGACCCGAAUCAUAUUAUAAACUCAUUAAAUUAAUAUGGUCAAAAUGCCUUAUAUAUAGCAUCUAAGAAUGGAAAUGUUGAAGUAGUCAAAUUUUUGCUAUCUCUUGAAUGCAACACUCAUAUUAAAAGUCGUAUUUUUUAAGAUGUGACUGAAAGUCCUUUAGAAGUUUCAUCAAGAUGGCAUCAUUUGGAAUGUGUAAGAUAACUCUUAAAAGCUGACAGAUAUAGUAAUUCAGAAUUGAGAUCAGCAAUUAAGGUAACUUAAAAUUAAGAAAUUAUCAAUUUGUUGAAAUCAAAUAUGAAUUCCUCUCUUUUCUCAUGUUGUCUAUGA